CUUCGGCCAGCGUCCACAUCCGCAUGGCUUUUCUACGGAAAGUCUACAGUAUUCUUUCCAUUCAAGUUCUUUUGACCACAGUCACAUCUGCAAUUUUUCUGUACUCUACUGGAGUGCAGGCAUUUGUUCAUGAAAGGCCUGCCUUGCUUUUGAUAUCUGGGUUUGGAUCUUUGGCUAUAAUCGUGGCACUGACCCUCUACAGACACCAGCAUCCUGUUAAUUUAUACCUGUUUUUUGGAUUUACCCUACUGGAAGCACUGACAGUUGCCAUUACAGUGAGUUUCUAUGAUGUGUCCAUCGUCUUGCAAGCCUUUACUCUUACUACUACUGUAUUUCUUGGACUGACUGCAUAUACCUUGCAGUCAAAGAGAGACUUCAGCAAAUUUGGAGCAGGCCUCUUCGCUUGUUUGUGGAUUUUAAUCUUCUCGGGUUUCUUGAGGCUGUUUUUCUACAGUGAGACAAUAGAGUUGGUGUUUGCUGCUGCCGGAGCUCUUCUGUUCUGUGGAUUUAUUAUUUAUGACACUCAUUUGCUGAUGCACAAAUUAUCCCCUGAAGAGUACAUCCUGGCUGCAAUCAAUCUCUACUUGGAUAUCAUCAAUCUGUUCUUACACCUGCUGCGUUUACUGGAAGCAUUUAAUAAAAAAUAGUCAAAAUGGUAUGGCUUGACUAUAGCGUAUGUAAAGUUAAGUACCUAAAUAGCGUUUGGAUGAUCUACAAACCGUGUAGUUCUGUCUUCUAGAGAUUGAAACUUUAUUACUUUUUCAUUCCAUGAAUAUUGAUCCCUCCUUAGGAAAAAAAAGGCUUUUUAUGUAGCUAAAGUUCUUCUCUAGAAUAUAUAUUUUAUGUAGUUAACAUGCUGUCAUCAUUUCAGUCACUUUUUUAAUCACUUAAUUUGCACUUGACAUAAUUCACGAUUAAAACGUUUGCCAACUUCUGAUUGCUCCGGAGUAAGCCUCUCUGCUGUUCCGUAGCUGCUGGAAAUGUUUCCUUUGGGAUUGUAAGUGCGUGUACCGCAUAAGGGUAGCCUGGGUUUAUCAUUGUGCAAUGUUUUACUAAGCCAAAAUUUUUUUCUAGUUUUUGUUUGGUAAAAUGGAAUGCUGUCUCUGUAACAGAGAUACUCUGUUCUUGUUAAGGGCUGUCAGAUUAUUAUGGAGGCUGGGAGGGUAUUAAAACAAUUAAAGGGAAUGUUCUUCAUUUAAGUAUUAUUUAUUGCCUAGCUUUCAGUGUUCUGAAAAAUCAUUUGGAGAUGGAUUCUGGCAUUUUAUCGACUUGUGUAUAUUAAGGUUAAUUGUCUGCCAAUAAAAAUUGGAAAACCUUUAGCCUGUUCUUGCAGCUGAGACCGGAGAACUUCAGGGCGCUGAGAGUGAGCAUUGUCAACCCUUGCUGGACAGGCGAGCGCUUGCUGCGCGGGGAGAGGCGCUGCCACAGCGGCUGCUUUCUUUCCAAGCUGUUGAAAUCCUGGAACGGCAGGCAGGGUAAAAACAAUUUCGAAAGGCUUUCUUACUUCGUAUUCAGUGUUGAAGUCCAAGUAUUGUUACCGCUCGCCUGUCCUGUCAGCGAGAGGUUAGCAAAAAGGCGACGCGGUGCGUGGGAAACAUCCCGUGUCCUACCACAAGCAGGGACAACGUCCGCUUUCCGUGCUGGAACUUGACUGAGGCUAUUGAAGUACGACUGCGAAUUGUUUUGAGCAACUGUGAUGGUUUCUCUCUUCUGUCUUAGAGUUUCAUUAAGAAAUGUGUGGCAGUAGCUAAAAAUAAAACUUUCCCUUUUUUCCUCGCGA